ACAUUAAAACCUAAUGUGGGGAUUAAAAAUUGGAUGCUUUCUUGGACGUUCAGUCUCGUUAACGAACGCUUUAUCAGCGACAAACUGGACGUAUUUUACUCCAAAAUCGCGUUAACUGCUCUUAUUUUGAAGUUCCCACCGGAUGUGGACGACUUGCUUCGCGCUCUCCAGCUUGAUACCCGUCGGGUGGACAGACGCUGCCUUGGAAACGACAUAAAUCCAGUGCGUGCAGCUGGGUUUCGAGCGGGGACCUACAUUUCCUCACUUCAAAGGCUUCCGCCCCUCUACUGUCCUCCUCCACCUCUUCUCCAUCCCUUCCUCCAUCCAUCUCUUCCUCCAUCUAUCAGCCAGCAUGGGGGAUCUGAAAUGAAGCGCGGCGCAGCGGAGGAGGCACGGCGAGGAGCUUCGACAUAACCGAGAGCGAGAGAGGAGGUGACGGGAGGUGCCGCAGCCAGGUGUAGAGCAACAUGCCGCUGGUGAAGAGGAAUAUUGAACCCCGGCACUUGUGCCGCGGGGCGCUGCCAGAUGGGGUGACCAGUGAACUGGAGUGUGUCACCAACAGCACACUGGCAGCCAUCAUCAAACAGCUGGGCAGCCUGAGUCGCCAUGCUGAGGACAUUUUUGGAGAACUAUUCAACGAAGCCAACAGCUUCUACCUGAGGAUGAGCAGCCUGCAGGAGAGAGUGGACCAGCUGGCUGUGAAAGUCACUCAGCUCGACUCCACUGUGGAGGAAGUCUCCCUCCAAGACAUCAACAUGAGAAAAGCAUUUAAGAGCAGUACCAUUCAAGACCAGCAGGUGGUGUCCAGGACCUCUGUGCCCAACCCCGUGGUGGAAAUGUACCACCGCUGUGACAAGCCCCCGCCGUUGAAUAUCCUCAGCCCCUAUAGGGAUGACAAGAAGGAUGCGCUGAAGUUCUACACUGAUCCCUCCUACUUCUUCAACCUGUGGAAGGAGAAGAUGCUGCAAGCCACCGAGGACAAACGCAAAGAGAAGAGGCGGCAGAAGGGCUGUCCGGCCCACCCUGACAGGCCCCACUCCAGACAGGCCCCACCCAGGAGCCCCCUGUCCAUCUCUGAGCAGCAGCGGCAGGUGGAAGACCCAAGCAGAGAGGUGAAGAAGGUGCGUAAGGCUCGUAACAGGCGUCAGGAAUGGAACGUUCUGGCCUACGAUAAAGAAUUUCGACCCGAUGCCAGGCUCACCCCCUCCCCUUACCACGGCAUGUCGUCUGAAGGGUCCCUCUCCCCAGAUAGCAGGUCAAUGGCGUCCGAUUCCUACCCUGCAAGUCCCAACCACCCGACUACCCAGGCUCCAAGCGCUGCCCAUCCCGCUGACCACCAUGCCAGGGAUCACCUCGCUGCCGCCCAGACACAGUCGCUCGACCGCGGCCUGAGGCCAGCCAACCAGCCCACUGGAGCCACCGGGGCAGGACCCCCGGGUCGACACGCAGCUUCCCUCGGCAGGACCCCAUCGGGACAUGGGGUCCAGGCCGGGGGAGAUCCGACGGUCAACGGGCCAAGGCAGCAGUCGAUUAAGGAAUACCGAGCUGGUGGGCAGCCCUCCACCAUACCAGAGUAUUACAUCCCCCCGGCUCCUCCCCCACCCCCGCCAACCAUCCCAUCCGCCCAGACUGCCUUUGAUUCCGCCACAGCGCCGCCUUCUGCGGCCGCCUCCGCCAUCCCGCCGACCUCCUCUGCCCUCUCCUGCCACUACUCCCCCUCCCCUCCUCCUCCCCCGGCCAACUACGUACCUUCCCCCGCUCACCCCCCUUCAGGUGCACCUCCGGCAGCCCCUCCGCCCCCACCUCCCGGAGUGCCCGCGGGACACCAGGCUCACCCGUCCCCGCCACACGCCGCUGUCGGCCAGACGGCCGUGGAUUCGGCACCUUCGACGAGGAAGUCGACCAUGCUGGGAAUGAUCCCGAUGAGCGACGCACGCUCCGACCUGCUGGCCGCCAUACGUAGAGGCAUCCAGCUGAGGAAGGUUCAGGAGCAGAGGGAACAGGAAGCCAAGCGGGAGCCUGUCGGCAACGACGUGGCCACCAUCCUGUCACGCCGCAUCGCCGUGGAGUACAGCGAAUCCGACGACGACUCGGAGCUGGAUGAGAACGAGUGGUCUGACUAAAAAAAAAGAAAAAAAUGAGAUGGAGCUUUGUAAGGCUGGACUGGCAGAGCUAAAAGAGAGAGAAACUAUACAUUGAGUUAAUAACGAAGGUGUCGGGUUAGUUUUAAGGUUCGCAUUUUAACUACGAAGUUGACUAAAAACCAAUCAUACAUUUGUUUACACAGAUCGCUGGAGCAGGGCUCGGAGGAGGCCGGGCGACAGGUUGAUACUUUCAUCAUGCACGGUUGCCCCUCACUACAGCUCUUCUCGAACUGAGAGCCCGGAGGCUUUCAUGCCAGACCGUCCGUGGUGUGCGGCACAAUAAACACGCCCUCCAUCUCGGCAGCCUCCCGCCAACCCAUCCGCUCGUUUUUAACCGCAAUCACGGAGCUGUGAAAGACAAACCCAUAAACGUCUCCCUAUAUUCACACCAGAGCGGUAGUUAUUAGCCGUAUGUAGGCAGCGCUCCCCUGUGACUACGGGCUUCAUGUGUUUACAAAACACAUUAAUGGUACAGCACAAGAAAGAUUAACGAUAGUGCAAUCUUUACGAAUCUGCCAAAUGUUCCACAAGAAUUGGAGGAAGCAAGUCAGGAUAAUCAGGGAAGUUGAUAGCUUGUUAGCGGAUGACUGUGCCUGUCUGUGGAAUGAAACUUUUGGGAGUUUGGUACUCUUGACCAACAGGAUCGGAACCGGCGCUCUCCAGGUGAGCUGCUGUUACAUGUUCCAGCUAGAUAUUUGAGCUUCGCUUCAUUCACAAAAUAGUUCAUAAUUUAUUUAACUUAAAGAGGAAGUUAGCCAAGGUAGCUGAGAACUUCAACAGGCUUGUUUUCUCUCUGAUAUAUUUAUGUUUGCUUUAAUACCUUUAGUUAAAACCACACAUGAUAAAUAAUACAAGAAUUGUGUUUUCAUACAAUUUCUGAUCAUAAUGCGCUGCAUAUUCUAAUAAAGAGUCCAUGUUAUGUUUGUUUCUAAAUUAUUGGCACUAGAAAACCACUGUACCGGUGUAUUUAUACAUUUACAGACUUAAGAGUUUAAUGAAAAUUACUUUUUUUUUUUAAACCGUAGGGAGAUUAUUUCAAUAUAAGAAAUUGUAGCCACAAGAAUUAGCAUUUUUUGACUAAAUUAUACAGUAAUAAAUAUCAGAUCAUAUUAGAAACACUUUAAUGCCAUCUAGUGGUCAGAGUUUUGCCCUUCAUUCAUAUCUAUUGUAUAUCUUAUAUGCAAAUUAGCAAUCUCUUCUUCAUUGGCAGAAAAAAAAACAUUUUUUAAAUUAAUCUUGAACAAAUUCAGGCAAAAAAGACAUUUAAACUGCUAAAUUACUCAACUGCCCGUCACCGAUUUGGAGUACUGAGAAAAAGCAUAACAUGGCCUUAAUAAUAAUCCACAAAAGAUUAUUCUAUUAUUUUUAGAAUUCACUUUCUUAAUAAGAACAAUAUUUUAGGUUACUUUGUUUGGUCUUGUGGCAUGAUAAUAAAACUUUAUUUUUUUUAUAAGUUGGGGUUAGGCAUUUUGUCUAAAGUGGUUUGGAAACCAAGCUCCCAAAAGUUGAUGUAGUUGUUGAUCUUUUACAAUUGUGAUAAGCUGUACCUCCCACUGAGGUAGUUUGGUAAACUGUGAUAAAAUACGCCGCUAAUGCUAACGCUAACACGGGAUUACAAGCCUCACCAGCCUGGUUAAAGUUGUUAUUCUGCCUACAUAUCAUUGCUUCAGUCGGUCAGGCCAGCUAGUUAGCUUAUCCCACUGUUUUGUGCUUUCUUAAAAUUAUUAUUAUUAUUAUUCUCACCCUUUGUUAGCCAUUCCAAACUCAAAGCCGAAUAUUUCAGCCUGUGACUGUAUGCCGUGGUCUUCUAUAAAUGCUUCAAACCAGCACCGUACUCAUAACAACAACAACAAAAAAACAACGUUCUUCAUCUUGACAUAUGUUCCUUUUGGUGGCCCCACUCGCUUAAUACCAUUGCUUUCCGUGGAGGCUCUUGUGAAUUAUAAAUACAUAAAUGUGAGAAACUUGCAACGCUAAUAUAUAGUAUGAUAUCUCUUUUCAAUAUAGGUUUGGCUAAUCCGCAGUGUGAACUGAUUGGACUGUAGUGUUUUUCUAAUGUGCUUUUUUCUUCUUUUUUUUUUAAAGUGCUGCAGUGAUUCGUUUGCUUUAUUUUAGGGAUUUUUUAUUAUUAGGUGAGUAGCCAGAUGGCAGAGUGGAAGAUGUGUCCAAGAAGCCAGCUAAAAGAUCUUUAUUCCUUAGCAGAUUAACCUGACGUAUUCUCAUCUCAAACAGAAGCAAAAAUCCAGCAGAAGAAGCAUUUGAUACUAGAGUCUUGUAUCGAAUUUUACAUCAGAAGCAGCGUUUUUGAUAGCUAAAACACUAACGGUUUAUUUUUUACGUGUUUACUUUAGUAAAUCUUUAUUUUUCAGUUUCUGAGACCAUUUUAAAGCUUCGGUGUUCAAAACGUUUAUACACACACACACACACAAUAAGUUGGCUUACUCAGAGUUUGCACUCUUGUAGAAUACAAUCACAUCUGGAUUAAGGACUGAAUGAUACGACAUGUGGAUGAGUUCUUGGUAUUCUCCGUAAAAAUCCGAACUAAGAUUUUCAAACCGUGCCAUGAAGCAAAACAGAAAAAAAAAAAAAAAAAAAAGCACAUAUUAACAGCCAGCGUGGAUUUUUCCACAAAGCUCAGUGAGAGUUUACUGUAAAAAAAAAAAAAAAAAGUUUAUGUUGUAACUGAGAAGUCAAGAGGCAUCAAAUCUGCUAUAUUAUCCAAAUUGUUUCUUCGGUGGUCGUGUUGUUGUGCGGGAGUCAUAGAUACACACCCAUCUGCGCGUUUAAUGAAAUCUGUCCAAGAUUCAGAGAAUGUAAAACUCCAGCUUGACUGACUUUUAACGAUAAAAUACUUGCCAACAAAUAGCAAAACAACCACAGAGAUACAAAAUGUUGAAGUUCUCCAAACACCCGUACUUUGUGUAUCUAUGGCUUCUGGCUUUUAAAGAAAAUGUUAUUCUGUGUUGAAAAUGUGACAAAAUGAAUCAUGUUGUAUAGACUUUUGGUAAAGCAGCCUUCAAGGUUAAAUGCAUUUGGUUUACUAUAACCUAGACAAUAAAACAAAGUUAAGCUGUGUAUUGCACACUAAAAUCAGCUGUAAGCAAGUAUGCAUGUGACUAAAGUCAAUAAAUAGUGAUUAAAACAGCA